CUGGCCUGCACUGCUGGAGCAAUAACCAACUCUCUGUCGACGCGUUCUCAGAGCUGGACGUUGUAGCAGCGGCUGUGUCUCCGAGGAGCCUGCUCUCACUUCAUCGUAUAUACAUUUCGGUGCAUCUAUACACGCGCAGAUCGUUGUCUGGCCCCAAUCGAUUGCGCCAUGGAUGAUGACGUUUGGCCAGUUGUGAUGGAAGCUUUAUCCGCAAUCCAGGAUGUCCCGAACCUUAGUCACCAGUUUGGUGCCAAGAAACGAGUUGCACGAGGUGGCUACUCCGAAGUUUAUCGUGCAGAAUGGAUCCAGUCUGGCACCCGGGCUCCGGUCAAUGUCUGCUAUAAAGUUCUCAAACCACCCAUAAGUAACAUGCCAUCUGACGUAGAGGAGAUGAGAAAAACUAUGAAGCACUUAAGGAGAGAGAUGAAGGUAUGGAAGGACUUGGACCACGAAAAUAUCGUAAAAUUCAUCGGUUUUGCGAUUGAUGAUCGGAACGGAGGGCCAGAAGCAGCAUUAGUGUCCGAAUGGUGUUCAAAUGGGAAUCUUGAUCAAUAUCUGCGUUGUAAAGGAUCGUGCAAUCGGAUGGCUCUGGUUCUCGAUGUCGCCAGAGGUCUGACGUACCUCCAUGGCCGUGACUCUGUUGUCGUCCAUGGCGAUCUCAAGCCCCCCAACAUAUUAAUCAGUGACACUGGGCAUGCGAAGUUGUGUGAUUUCGGUCUGUCCUCGAUAGCGGAUGGCAUGACGACAGGGUUCACAUCGUCCGGGCCUGCAUUCACGUUGCGCUAUUGUGCCCCAGAAGCCGUGGUCACGGACAACCAUGUGAAGACGACGGCGGGUGAUGUUUACUCCUUUGCCUGUACUUGUGCCAUGGUGAGCCCUCAUAAUUCGUGAAUAUAACAUCCUUGCGCUCGACUGAAACUUAAGCAG